ACCAUUACACAGUCCAACUUCCAGCCUUAAAGUUAGUAAAGAAACAGAUCAAGUAGAGAAGAAGAAAGGACUGUGUAGAAGCCACGAUGAAAGUAAGUUAUCGACUGCCUCUGGUGCCCUUGUUGCUCCUGUGGGCUGUUUGCAGCGUGGUGCAGGUGCAGGCAGAGAUCAAGACAGUCAAGCUCUGUGGCCGUGAGUUCAUCCGAGCCGUGGUCUACACUUGUGGAGGCUCCAGGUGGAGGAGGCUGCUUACACCCCAAAAUGAAGCGUUUUCACUUGCAGAUCAGAGCAGUGAGGAGCUGAGUGAGAACACACGGUCUGAUCUGUCAACACGAGACCUGAACCCUAUGAUAACCAGCGUAUGCUGUCAGGUGGGAUGCCGAAAGAGUGACCUCUCUCUCCUCUGCUGAGGACAGGACACACUCUCCUCACAAUUUCACAAACUCCACAGUGUAGAUGUGUGUGUGCACGAGAGAGAGAGUGCGAGACCUUCCGGGUAGUAUUUAAGAUUAGCUGUUCAUGGUAUUGAACAUAACUGGUGAAUCAGUAAGCAUGCCCAAGCAGUGCGGCAUGGAAACAUUGUGUCUUGCUUGGUUCAAACGCUGUGUUUUCAAUAUAAUGAGUGCUUGUUUUGUAGAGGAAAAACAGAAUGUGUUUUGUGUUCAAGAAACAAAGUUUGAUUGUGAUGUAUAUUUUGACAUGUAUUUGGUUUAAUAAAUGUUACAGCAUAAUGAA